AUGCCCGCUUCAAAUCGACCUGUUCGUACAGUAGAAGGCAAAUCUGGACGCAGCAACGGGGAGGAGGACGAGGAGGAGGGAGCCAUCCCUGCCAAAGCACUCCUUACGUUUCGAAAUGUUAUCGGGAUGGUCGCCAUAGCACGUGACAGUAAAGAGCCGUUUAAAGUCGAUAAUGUGGAGUACAGGUGCACGGACACGUAUGUUCUCGGUUGCGCAAUCGAGAAAUACCCCGAGCUGAACCAAGUGUGCAACAAUCUCCUCCCCGAGGGCGCUCAGCGAGAGGACGACGGGACCGGAGAGGGCACUGUCUGCAACGGCGGUGCCGAGCGCCAACAGGCGGGGGAAAAAGCAAAAAAAAAGGGGGUGGGGCAAAGCGUGGCAGAGGCUACGUCCGCUGCCAUGAAAAUGGCACUCGUCGAUAUUGAGCCACAGCUGGGAAAGGUUGGCGGAUCAGAAAAAUCAGAGUGGGCCAAAAAAAGAGAGGAACACGCUUGCAAGACUGCUGAACACAACAGCAAAGCUUCUGGCCUCGCCCUCCACAAGGAAAUAACCGAGUCCCACGCCGAAUUCUCGAAGAAAAUUGUGGAGGAGAAAGAAAAAGCAGAGGGUUAUCAGACGAGAGUUAGAUUACUGCGCAAAAUGUUGGCCGGCGUCGAGAAGGAAAUGUUUGGCGACGAACAAUAACACCCAUAUGCACUCCCGGAAAAGUAUUACCGUGCAAUCGUCGAAUUUUAUGCAUGCGUGACGGGGACGGGGCGGGGGGUAGUUUUUUUUUAUCGUUGGGCAUGGUUGAGUCAACGUCUUCGUUUCGUCGCAGUAUUGAGGAUACGUGCGCCUCCGCAUAGACGUGUGGGUUUGGUAGGCAACAACGUUUUGAGAGGAUGCCUUGCGGCAACAAAGGAGUAUCGACGAAAAAAUACGGUGGAAGAACGCCGAGACCGUUGCGGUUCACGGGCAAGUUGCUUUGCUGUGACUGUAUCUAACGAACACGAGGGCGCGUUUUCGUUUUUCUCUCCCUGCUGCAGGGCUUGCUUGCUGCGAGGGUCGUAUCCUUCUUUUUUUUUUGGGCCAGGGGGCGGGAAGGUUUC